GCUCUGAGUGAAACACUUAGAGGGACUUCACUCUCCUUUAAAGUCGGCACAUCUUCAUUUCUCUGCUUGCCUUGAUAACCCAACACAAAUCCAAGAUGAUGAUGGGCAGGAAAUCGUACUCCAUCUCGGGCUCCAGCGGCGCUUCCAGGAGGUCGCUUGCAGGAGCCUCAUCUGGCGGCUACACCGUCAAGAGAUCCAGCUACAAUCUCGGUUCCUCCGCUGGCGGUUUUGGGAUGAGCAGCAGCAUGGGUGGUAGCAUGGGUGGUGGCAUGGGCAUGGGUGGUAGCAUGGGUGGUGGUUUUAGCAUGGGCUCUUCUGGCUCAAUGAUGGGUGGUAGCUACGGAUCAGGUGGCAUCAUGGCUCCCCACAUCACCGCAGUCACGUACAACCAGAGCCUUCUGGCCCCCCUGAAAAUGGAUAUUGACCCCUCCAUCCAGGCUGUGCGCACCCAGGAAAAGGAGCAGAUCAAGACCCUGAACAACCGCUUUGCCUCCUUCAUUGACAAGGUCCGUUUCCUGGAGCAGCAGAACAAGAUGCUGGAGACCAAGUGGAGUCUCCUGCAGGAACAGACCACCACCCGCUCCAACAUCGACGCCAUGUUCGAGGCGUACAUUGCCAACCUGCGCCGACAGCUCGACGGGCUGGGCAACGAGAAAGUCAAGCUGGACGGAGAGCUGAGGAACAUGCAGAUGCAGGUGGAGGACUUCAAGAAGAAGUAUGAGGAGGAAAUCCACAAACGCACGGCGGCUGAGAACGAGUUUGUGCUCCUGAAGAAGGACGUUGAUGGUGCCUACAUGAAAAAGGUGGAGCUGGAGGCUAAAGCCGAUGCUCUUCAGGACGAAAUCAACUUCCUCAGGGCCGUCUAUGAGGCUGAGCUGCGCGAGCUGCAGUCCCAGAUCAAGGACACCUCAGUCGUUGUGGAGAUGGACAACAGCCGUAACCUGGACAUGGAUUCCAUUGUGGCUGAAGUGCGCGCUCAGUAUGAGGACAUCGCCAACCGCAGCAAGGCUGAUGCAGAGUCCUGGUACAAACAGAAGUACGAGGAGAUGCAGAGCUCUGCUGGACAGUAUGGUGAUGACCUCCGCUCAACCAAGGCUGAGAUCGCCGAGCUGAAUCGCAUGAUCGCCCGUCUGCAGAAUGAGAUCGAGGCAAUCAAAGCACAGAGGGCCAACAUUGAGGCCCAGAUUGCUGAGGCUGAGGAGCGUGGCGAGCUGGCAGUGAAGGAUGCCAGGCAGCGCAUCAAAGAUCUGGAAGAGGCUCUCCAGAGAGCAAAGCAGGACAUGGCCCGCCAGGUGCGUGAGUACCAGGAGCUAAUGAACGUGAAGAUGGCCCUAGACAUCGAAAUCGCCACCUACAGGAAACUGCUGGAAGGAGAGGAGUUCAGACUGUCCGCUGGACCCACUAGUGCAACCAUCCACGUGCAGCAGACUACAAGCAGUGGAUACUCCAGCGGCGGCGGCGGCUCUUCUGGUGGUGGAUUCGGCUACGGCGGCGGCAGCAGCAUGUCUGCUGGCUAUGGCGGCAGCGGCAUGUCUGGCGGCUAUGGCAGCAGCAGCAUGUCUGGCGGCGGCAGCAUGGGCGGCAGCUACGGCGGUGCCAUCACCAAGUCCUCAGUCGUCACCACCAGUUCCAGAAGAUACAAUUAAAAAGGAAAGCAGUCCCUCUUCUCUUUCUGAAACUCUUAAAUUCGACUCAAAUCGGCGUACCCUGAAACGGUGGUAUGCAACAUCAAUAACCAGCAGGCAUAAAAUAUGUGAGUUCCUAAAUUGCAUCAGCUAAAUUAAACAUUGGAUUGUGUUACACUGCCACCAGUUGUGUUCCUGGAACGCCUGGGUGCGUUUAAAACGUAAAUGUAACAUGCAUCGUCAUUUAAGAGUUCCUGAAAGGAAACGUGGCCAGGUCGGUUGCUACAAGACACAAAAAAGGCAAUUGGUGUUCAAAAUAAGCCAGGGAAACAUUUGCAUGUCCACGCACUGGUGCUUCGAGAUAGACAGGGAGAACCAUGCCCCAGUUUUCAGCAGACGUCGCCACUCUCAUGGAGUGCUGACACCAGUAAAGAGCCAAAUCUAACCACGUGGGAAUAUGACAUGUUUACAACUAAGGUGCACGCUUGAAAUGGAAUGGUUACUGCCUCGUUUGUUUUUGUGGGCCUGCCAAAUGAUUUUCUUCUUUUGUUGAGCAUUUCAUUGCCACAAUGCUUCCACUAUGUUGACACCACAAGUCCUGUCUGCAACAUGACAGCUGCCACAAAAAAACAUCAGCAAUAAAUCUGAGUACCAAA